UAAUGACGUCACAAACAGCGCGACACUUCCUGUGACAACGCGGGUAGCGAGCGCUUUUCAAAUCUAUCCCGACACAGCAGCUACAGAAACCAACAUGUUCCCGUCACCCCGUGCUCAGGGAGUGGGCUCGGCGCGGCGGCCGUUUAAUUCCCGACUGGCGGGCGGCAGGAAAGUCUUGGGUCCGGGAGUGACCGCCAGCUCUUCCCCUUCGGCGCUGUAUUCUCCCGUGGGCCGUAGAGUUUCCACUAGUGGCGCCAGAUCCACCCCUUCCCGGGGUUAUCUCCACCCGGCCGCUUCAGAGACGGUGAAUUACAAUGUGCAGCUAUUUGGUUCCUCGUUGCCAGUGAAGGUAAUGGAGGCCGUGUCUAAUGCCAGUGCAGAUGAGCCUAUGGCUGCUCAUAUUCAUGAAGGUGGAUGGGCAUGGCUGGCGUGCAAUGAUCGGCUGAUUAUCUGGAGGAUAAGUCAUUCCACCACUGCUAAGUUAAUGGUGUGCAAAGAACUGCCUCUUCCCCUCAGUGACAGCGAGUGGUCAGCAGAUUUAGUGGAUAUCUGUGCCCAGAAAGGUGACCCUGCUGCUGCCCAGUCAGUGGGUUUAAUGGCAGCCACCCCUGAAGGCUCAUCCCGCUACUGGCCUAACAUUCUACAUGAGAGCACCUAUAUAGAGUCUUACACAGAGUUCGGCUCAUCUCUUUGCGCAUUUGUUACUGCUGUAAAAGGCAACAGUUUUAUCCUGUCUUCAGAAAAAAACCAACUUGUACGACUGACCCCUGAUGCGUCUGGAAAGAUUAAUCAACGCGUUGUGCCGCAAGGGCAGGGCAUGCUGUCUGGAAUUGGCCGCCGGGUGUCCACCCUUUUUGGCAUAUUGUCUCCUGCGGUUGAAUCUACACUCUGCAGUGUUCUGUGGGAUAAGGGAGAUUGCUUCUACACUCUCACAGACUCAAGCAUAAACAAGUGGGACUUGGAUGAUGCUUCAGAAAGUCCCGUGCUUAACUGGGACAUGAGCAGAGUCCUCAGAGAAAAUAUAUCUGAUGCCAUUUGGGGAUCUGAAAGCAACUAUGAUGAUAUCAAAGCUGGAAUUAACAUUGAUUAUUUGAGUCUCAACCAAAGCUGUGAUGGUUUAGUUAUCCUGGCUGCUGCCUGGCAUCCUGGCGAUAACCCUUGCCAGGUUUAUUACACCCUCGUAACCAUUAAAGAUGAAGGUUACAAUAUUUCCGAUGAAAUCACAGUGGAAGUCACUCAGUUCAACCCAGUGUUUCAAUCUAGAAAUAUGCAGCAGUGCCAGCUUGUGAUACCUAAUUUCAGCAGCCAGGCCUGUUACCUGUAUACCCAAGAUAUGGUAUUUGCCUGUUCAACAGGAACUCGAAAGAGCUCUUUGCCUCAAGAAAAAAUUCCAUUUGAAACAGAAGGAGAUAACAUUGUAGGAGCGGGAUCCUGGGAAGGUUUGCCAGUUUUUUUCAUUAGAAAGAGUGGCAUGCUGACAGUUGUUGCUCGAGAAACUGCUUCUGUGCUCUCAGAGCACAUGGAAGAAUCCCUGUCAUCUGUUUCUAAAUCCAGCCACCAGGCUGCAGUAAAGGACUCAAGACCUGACCAAAUUGCUCAUGAUGAUAAGACAAAACUUCUGAAAGCAGCCUUUUUAAAAUAUUGCCGAAAAGAUAUACUGGGGGCCCAGAGCAUGGUGGACAGCCUGUUCUCAGACUCUGAUAUGGAACCCGAUGAUGAACUAAAUCAGGCAGUAAACCAAAUAAGCGUUGACUUAAUUGACGAUUAUCCUGCCUCUGAUCCUCGCUGGGCUGAAUCCGUACCUGAAGAAGCAGCCGGAUUUAGCAACACUUCUUUAAUUCUCUUGCAUCAGCUGGAAGAUAAGAUGAAAGCACACUCUUUUUUUGUGGAUUUUCUUCAUCAAGUUGGACUAUUCAGUCGUUUGAGUACUUGUCAAGCGAAAGGAAUGUUAGUAGCAACUCGACUAUUGCUGUGCGAGCAUGCGGAGAAGCUGUCUGCUGCGAUUGUUUUAAAGAAUCAUCAUGCUAAGCUGCCAACAUUGGUUAACUCUGCCAUACAACUUGCACUUGAUAAAAGGAUGUGCUCUGUUCUUCAGAAUCUAACUGCAGCUGAUGUCUACUUUAGAGAGGUGUCCCAGAUGGAUAUCAUCUUUGAAUGUCUGGUAGACAAAGAGGAAGCUGACUUAGAGAGUACCUCCCUUGACUCGGUUGAAUGGGCAAAUAUAGUGGUCAAUGUUAACACGAUUCUAAAGGAUAUGCUACAUGCUGCCUGUCAAUACAGACAAAGUAAAAACUCUCUCUAUAAAAAUGAAAGCGGAAUUCAAGAACCUGAGCACAUCCCAUGGACUGCCUCUAGUGGUAUUCGGUCUGUGGUUACACAUCAGCAUAGUAUAAUACUGAAGGUCUAUCAACAGGCAGACAGCGGCCUCCGUACUAUACUAAUUGAACAGCUUGCAGUCUUGCUAAACUAUUUGCUUGAUGAUUAUGUCACCCAACUAAAGUCAAUUUCUAAACUGACUAAUGAAGAAAGAUACAGUAUCCUGGAAAUGGAGUAUGCUCAGAAGCGGUCAGAACUUUUGUCUCCUUUGUUAGGCCUAGGACAGUAUGCCUGGGCUUCAAAUCUUGCGGAGAAGUACUGUGAUUUUGAUAUCUUGGUGCAGAUAUGUGAAAAGACUGAUAAUCAGAACAGGUUGCAAAGGUACAUGACUCAGUUUUCAAAUCAAAACUUUUCAGACUUUCUGUUUCGUUGGUACCUGGAGAAAGGCAAACGGGGCAAAUUGCUGUCCCAACCUGCUUCUCAGCAUGGGCAGCUAGCUGUAUUCCUGCAAGCCCAUGAACACCUCAGCUGGUUGCAUGAACUGAACAGCCACGAAUUUGAAAAGGCUCACAGAACUCUGCAGACGCUGGCAAACAUGGAGAAACGGUACUUCGGUAAGAAAAAAACUCUUCUUGGUUUAAGUAAAUUGGCUGCUUUAGCAUCUGAUUUUCAAGAGGAUAUAUUGCAGGAAAAGGUAGAGGAAAUAGCUGAGCAAGAACAUUUUUUACUCCAUCAAGAGACUCUACCCAAGCAGCUUCUUGAGGAAAAACAGCUUGACUUAAAUACAAUGCCUGUAUUACCACCAGUAGACUUAAUUCAGUUAUACAUUUGUGAGGAAAACAAAAGAGCAACUGAAAAUGACUUCAAGAAAGCACUAGACUUGCUUGAAUACAUUGGCAAUGACCAUGAGGUGGAAGUAGAGUAUCUAAAAUUGGAAAUUCUUUGCAAGGCUCUGAAGAGAGAUGAGUGGUCUGCAACAGAUGGUAAAGAUGACCCAAUAGAAGCAACAAAGGAUUCCAUCUUUGUUAAAGUUCUUCAGAAUUUACUCAACAAAGGCGUUGAGCUGAAAAGCUACUUGCCUAAGGCUGAGACUCUGCUUCAGUCUGAAGAACUAAACCGUUUGAAGACCAACUCUUAUUUUGAAUUUUCUCUGAAAGCAAACUAUGAAUAUUAUAUGAAAAUUCAGUCUUAAAUUCUUUCAAUACAAUGCUUAAUACUUAAUGCACUUAUUUUCUAUUGCUCAUUGUUUAAUAAAAUUGGUUGUUCAUAAA